UCGGCAGCGGGAAAGAGGGGGAGAUGUCAGCGGAUCCCAGCGUGGCACCGCGCCGGGCAGCGCUGGGGUGAAAAGAGCGGCGGGUUCUGCGGCUCCGUCCGAGGGCGAGUGCUGUCCGGCGGCGGGGAACGCCGCUGCAGGAGCUCGCCGUUGGGAAGCGCUCGGCCCGUGCGUCCCCCGUUAAGCCAGGGGCGAUACGGGCUCUCAGAAAUACGUUUUCCCGCAUAUCGUCACCGAGCGCAGCACCACGUUGCAGUGAGCUCGGUGAAGUUCAACCACGCAGCGUCCAGGGAAGCGCCGCGGUUAAAUAUGGAAUUAGAAGUAACGACGAUUUCCAGAUAACAACAAGUAUUCGUCCGUUCAGUUUUGGACGUCACAGGCAUCAGAAGAGGUGAAUAAAGAAGAUGCUCAUGUUUGAUCCAGUCCCUAUCAAGCAAGAAGCCAUGGACCCUGUUUCAGUGUCAUACCCAUCCAAUUUCAUGGACCAAAUGAAGCCAAACAAAUACAGCGUCAUUUAUUCUGCACCGAGCAUGUUGCACAAUAAAUUCUACUCAAACCCUGAUGGACUGUCGAAUGGAAUCCAGAUGGAGCCAGUAGACCUUACGGUGAACAAGCGAAGCUCACCGCCUUCGGCUGGCAGUUCUCCUUCCCCUUUAAAAUUUCAGACUGUGCAUAGGAGAACUUCCCCUGGAUUGACUCUGUCCUCACCCAGCUCUCCCAUCAGUAAAUUCACACCGUCACCCCCAGGAGUACAGCCGUUAUCCAUGCCUAUAACGAUCCCUCCUGUAAUGGCUGCUGCUCUUUCCCGCCAUGGACUGAGAAGCCCUGGAAUACUCCCAGUCAUACAGCCUGUUGUUGUCCAGCCAGUUCCUUUCAUGUAUGCUCCCCAUCUCCAGCAGCCCAUCAUGGUGUCCACAGUUCUUACGGAUGAGAUGGAAAGUCCGAGCAGCAUGCAAGUGCCUGUUAUUGAGUCCUUCGAGAAGCCAGCACUGAAGAAAACAAUUAAAGUAGAACCAGGAAGCGAACCAACGAAGACUGACUUCUAUCCUGAACGAAUGUCACCUCCAAUGACCUCAUUGUCUCCCCAGGAAGUAAUGCUGCAAGAGAAUCACCCUUCGGUUAUAGUUCAGCCAGGAAAGAGACCUUUGCCAGUGGAGUCACCAGACACGCAGAGAAAACGCAGAAUACAUCGGUGCGAUUAUGAAGGCUGCAACAAGGUCUACACUAAAAGCUCCCAUCUGAAAGCUCACAGAAGAACCCAUACAGGUGAAAAACCAUACAAAUGCACUUGGGAGGGAUGCACGUGGAAGUUUGCUCGUUCUGAUGAACUAACGCGGCAUUUCCGCAAGCAUACAGGAAUCAAACCUUUUCAGUGCCCAGACUGUGACCGUAGCUUUUCACGUUCGGACCACCUUACUCUUCACAGAAAACGUCACAUGCUAGUCUGAGUGUCUUCUGUCCCCGACUCCCGUCAACACUUUUUUUUACACAUGCAUUUUAAUUUGGGUUCAGCUGGUCUGAACCUCUGGAGUUUAUACCAUUAAAAGCUUACAUAUGGUCAGUAAUAGCUGUUAUCUAACCCUUCUAUGUCCUUGCCACGGGUCAGACCUAAAGAAUGUGAACAGUUUUUCUUGGUUUUGUUUUGUUUUUUUUUCUUUCUCCUGGGGAUGCUAAGCAAACCCUUUCUUCAGAGAGUAUGUUUAAUGUAUUCCAUUGUGAAUAAGGGAAUUUGUAAACAAACAGCUUUUGUUGGUUUCUUCAUAUAAUCAACCCAGCGUAUACUGAUAAACUAGUAAAUGUUAUUGAGUAUCCAAAAUGCUCGUCCUUGGCAGAGACAUUAUUUAUGUGCCUUAUGUACAAGGCACACUCUCAUUUUAUGCUCAGCAAUGCAACAAAUGGACUGCCUCAACCUUGCUGAUUUCUGCAAUAUGAUUAAUACAACAGUUUUAGAAAGACACCUGAUUUAGAAAUCCCCUCUGCCCAAACAGUGGAUAACACCGUAGAAAUAAAUCUAAGCAAUAUACUUUACAGAAAGAUUGAGUCAUAGUCGCUCACCCCAGUCAAGAAGAAAAAUUAGCAGGAAUUGGUCUGUACAUAAUAUUGUGCAUCUAAACCAAUCUCAUCUGUCCUUUGUAUUAUAGCAUAAUAUCCAACCAUGUUUUUAUUGCAUACUGCCCUGGUGGAUUUGUUAAAUGAAGAUCUUGUGUGACACUGUAUGUCUGUUUUCUGUGCAACUGUGUGGAUGGAACACAUAUGGUACUCUCCUAUAACAUGGCAUUAAAAGAUAUUCAUAGAAACCUUCCACACCUCAUUUCAGGGUUAUAGACUGUCCCUCUGUAAUCACUCCCCUACGUUUCCUCUACUCUGAAUAAUUUUUUCUCCUCACUGUACCUCAGAAAAUAGAAAUCAUCAUGUCAAAAAUGCUCCAGAUUGUAUUGUUGCAAGUGCCACUUUAAUACACUACAGUAUUUUAAAAUAUUCACAAUAUUUUUAUGACAAGAUGGCAUCAAAUAUGAAGCGCUUCUGUGAUAAACUGAGUCAUGUAUCUCUUUGGUUAAAAGUGUAUAUGUCAAACCAUCUAUUCGACAGCUCUCAUCUGUGGCUCUGGUAUUCUCCCAGUGCUCAGUAGACUGAGCUUCCCUUGUGGAUGUGUUCAUCGCAUUAAAACAUCACAUCAGCAACUCCCACGUCAGUAGCAAACGCAACUCAAUUGCAAAAAAUUGAACAAACAAUUCAAAGAACCUACAGCUGAUCCUAGCAGUGUUCAGUACUUGGAACCUUCCCACGGGAGGGAAGGUAUUAGCUGUCAGGUUCUGUGCUACUGAAAGGAAACAGGAUCUGUUUUCUAGAUUUGAGCACACCGUUGAGUGUUUGUUCUUCACCCUGUGUGAGGUGAACACCGUUCCCUGCCAUAUAAACUUGUUAAAAGUCAGAUUUUCCUUUGUCUUGGAAAGCCCCACUGGAAAACAGGAUUGUGGAGCGGAGAAGGUUUGCAGAGUUCUCCAGGAGGAGGCAGAUUGGAGGUCCGUCUGCAGGUGGGUACAUCAGGACCUGUGGAGAGCAACGCUGGGCUGCGUCCUGGGGAUUCCAAGAGCAGGCUAAAGUCAUCUGCAGGUGCUCAACUUGGAGCAAGGAGCCUUCCACCUUUGCUUCCUUGGUGGUGGGGUUUCCAACAGAUCUGCUGACAUCCGUGUACCUGUAAGAGCAGAGAGAGAGGAGAUCCGUUCUUGGAGAAAAAUGUUCUAGUGAUUGCUAUAAAAUGCAAAGUAUUGUUCAAAUUGUGUAACAAAUCUUAACGUAUGUGAAUAUGAAACUGUCAAUUUUAUUUAAGGAACAGAGCCCUCCGUGUGUGUUCUGCAAAGGGAAGAAUGGGGAUUACCGUGGCUAGGGUGGUUCUGCACAACUUUUAUGGGGAAGAUCCUUAGGCUCUGUUCCAUCGCCAUAAAUCCUCAGGACCUAGGGCUCACCUCAUCCGUUCAGAAGUGAAAACCUUUAAAAACCAGUUGGUCCCUUUCUGUCUGACCACUCCGUUACUAACACUGACAAACGUGCAGGAAAGAGAUUGCUAUAUGAGCAGCUGGUUUAGAGCUGUGCUUACCAUUGGAUUUUUAUUUUUUAUUUUUGGAGUGAGCAAUGUCAUAGGGAGUCAGACUUGGCCUCCUUUGCAGGGCUCCAGGUUGUAACGGUGGUUCACUGACGUAGAGCUGUCACUGGCAGAGGGCUGCGUGGAACGGCUGUAGCGUCAAACACAAAUCUACAGCCACGUGGUGUCCUGGGACAGAAACAAUUCUCAGCUGUUCAAGGGGAAAAAAAAGAGACGAGAUCCUAUUGACCCAUGAGUGGGUUAAGGACAACUGAUCCCAUGUUAGCUUAACAAAUGGAAAUGCCUAGGAUUUAGGAUGAUAAAACAAAAUUUCUUUCCAACACUCUUUUUCUUUUAAGGCUUUCACAAGUUUUUAAUAGAAGUCUAAAAUACUGUCCAUUAAUUUGCCUAUGCAAGUUUUUCCUGAAAAUAUUUAUAAUAAUGGUGGGGACGAACAGAGUGGAGAUGCAAUAGAACUUUUAAGUAUCUUUAGCUACGUGCCUUGUGAUUUAGGACAGCAGAAAUUUAAGUAUUAAAUAUAAAUAUUUGAGACUAUUUCAUGUAAAUGCUUUGUUUAUAGGAUUUUUCACUUGGGUCUGUGGGUGUCUCUGUGGAAUGUCAAAAAAAGCCACAUGCAGAUAGGCCUUCAUCUUUCAGCUGAAAAUGUGCAUUUACAUCUUUUGUGGCUCAUUGGCUCAUUUAGCAAAUUCUGGUUUGAGGGCUAUUGUGAAAUUUUAUAAACCACAUGACUGAAUACUUUUAAUAAAACAGUCAUUCUGUGUAUGGCCUAAAGAGAAAUCCAUUUAGGUAACAAGGCAAAUUAAUCUCACAGGAGGCGUCCAUCUGAAAAAAAUCCUUUCACUAGCAGUGUUGCACUGGGCAGUAUGUAACAAAUCAUAGUGUUCCUGUUUCGGCCUUUUGGUUACAAUAUUUUACCAGGUUCUAGGACAAUCACAUAGAGCUCAGCGGGUAUUACUGUGUGGUUUUAUUUAAACACACACUGCCAUUCUGCAGCGAUAUUGCUAUUGCCACAUCCUGUCCAAAUGCAUUGUUGUCUCUGUCAAGGUUAGCUCCAUGUAGAUGAAUAUAAAUCCAUUUUACAUAUCCUAGGAGAGCUACACCAGUUUUCAUUGCAUUUUACAGAUAGUAGCACUUUUACGCUAUUUAUGUACUUCAAAUGUUAGAGGGUCAAAAUAAUCUUUUCGCUUAGCAUCUCUCACCUGCGAGUAUAGCAGGGAUGUUAUAUUUACUUCAAUACGUGUAUAAACUAUGCAGAUUUUUUUAAAAUAAAAUGUAAUAUAUUUUAUAAGCUAAUAAGACUGAAUGGGUAAUUAAAGGUUUCUAGCGUGCAUUACUAUUACUUGCAAAUAUGGAAACAUUUUGGUAAUCUUUCUUACUAAAGAUGUGAAUGUUUAAUGUACUUUUACUGUUUCUACUUUGGUAGCCAAUGGGAAUUCAGUAAUGACAUUUUGUCAUGUUGAACUGUGAACAGAAAUUUGUACUGUACAGUCCUCAUACUAUAUUUAGUACAAAAUACAUAUCUAUGAUACCUGUUAAUAAAGCCAUCAGAAUAUUG